CCAGAAACCGCAGCCUGGGCCAAGGCUGCCUGGAGUUCGGACCACAGGGCUCAGGAGGCUGUGGGUCAGAACUGCAAAGGGGUAUUUGUUGAAUACUUCUGGUCUCCGCAGGCCCCUGGUGUGGGACAGGGGUCCCAGCAGGACUGCAGCUGCUGUGGCGGUGACUUGGACAGGAGCCUUUUCUUGCUGGGAGGAACUGGGAGGUGCCUGCCUUCCUGUGACCAGCUCUUGGCACUGGCACUGGCUCCAGCUUCACACACCAUCAGACACCCUCUGGGUGGCCUCCACGGUCUCACCUUCAGGUUUGAAGCUGGCUCUGCAGGGGACACGGUGACAUGAGGGGUGUCCUACAGACCCAUCUUCUGGCCAUCCCCCUCCUCUGUCUUCUCUCAAAGGUGUGUACGCAGCUGUGCCCAACACCCUGUGCCUGUCCCUGGAUGCCACCCCAGUGCCCUCGAGGGGUGCCCCUGGUGCUGGAUGGCUGUGGCUGCUGUCGAGUAUGUGCACGGCGACUGGGGGAGUCCUGCGACCACCUGUAUGUCUGUGACACCAGCCAGGGCCUGGUCUGUCAGCCCGGGGCAGGUCCUGGUGGCCGAGGGGCCGUGUGCCUCUGUAAGCAGGCUGGCCUCGAACUCCCUACAUGGUCAAGGAUCACCUUGAACUUAGGAUCUUCCUGCCACUAUCUCCCAAUUGCUGGGAUUACAGUGGAUGAGGACCAGAGCUGUGAGGUGAAUGGUCGACGGUACCAGGAUGGAGAGACCUUCCAACCCACCUGCAGGGUCCUUUGCCGCUGUGAGGACGGUGGUUUCACCUGCCUGCCCCUGUGCAGUGAGGAUGUGCGGCUGCCCAGCUGGAACUGUCCACGCCCCAGGAGGGUGGAGGUGCCCGGCAGGUGCUGUCCUGAGUGGGUGUGUGACGAGGGAGCGGCGCUGGGGAUCCAGCCCUACUCAGCCCAAGGCCGCCAAUAUUUUGGUCCUGUUGCUCCCAUGUCUGCCAAUGUUCCCUGCCCAGAAUGGAGUACAGCCUGGGGCCCCUGCUCAACCACCUGUGGGCUGGGUGUGGCCACCCGGGUGUCCAACCAGAACCGCUUCUGCCAACUGGAGACCCAGCACCGCCUGUGUCUGCCCAGACCCUGCCUGGCAGCUAGGGGCCGCAGUGUACCGAACAGAGCCGUCUAGAAUCAGCUAGGGUUGGAGAUAUGGAACCUGCCAUCGUGUCCCCAGCCGACAUCUCUGAGCCUAUGCCCUGGGCUGAUGGCAGGUGGCUCUUGUCCAAGCCUUUAACUGUAGGCAACUGUCCCGCUUGGGUCCACCCACCAGGGCUACUGACCAGUUGCCUGCUCUGUCUGAGGUAGGCAGAGCACAUGAUUAGUCCCAUUUCUCUAACUCAGCCUGGGAGUCUGCACAGGAUUCUGGGUUCUCCUGGCUGGUUCUUUAUCAAACAUACACACGGGACAGCUUUCUCUCCAAGGUCCUCGGAAGGAGAAGAAUCACCAUUCCCUUUAGAGUUGAGCUGCAGUGGGGGCUGGGCAAGCCUGGCCACCAUGUUGGGGCAAGUAAGCACAGCGGGUGCCAGGCAGCAGAUUGUCUGAAACUCCAGAUUCCCUUUGUGGACUUUUGUGCAUUUGUCCCUGGAGUUACGACUAGGCGUGGACUUGCGGCUCUGGCCUUCCUGGUCUGAGAAUUCAGUGGUGGGAUUCUGUGUGAACGUCAGAGAUCACACUGUCCUAAAGAAUACCAGCAAGAUCCUUGAACUUCACUCGUGUUCAUAAGAACUCAGCUUUCAUAAGUGUCCCCAGUGCUGGUGACCGGAGAGCCCCACACCUCACUCAGGCCAGGGCUCCUCAACUGGAGAAACACAAGGACGGCGAAGGGCCCUUUGGAGGGGACUGGACCAGCCUGGAUUUAACACGCCACUCUGAGUGUGAGAUUUUGUUUGUUGUCUUAUGUUUCAGUGUUGAAAGAGAAACUAAAAAUGAAAUCUACAUUCUCCUC